CCGCCACGGCCUGUGUGUCCCCCGGCCCCGCCAUGGAGCCUGGGCCCCCAGCCAUACGCGAGGGUUGGUUCCGGGAGACGUGCAGCCUGUGGCCAGGCCAGGCCAUGUCCCUGCAGGUGGACGAGCUGCUUCACCACCAGCGCUCCCGCUACCAGGAGAUCCUGGUCUUCCGCAGUAAGUCCUACGGCAACGUUCUGGUGCUGGAUGGAGUCAUCCAGUGCACAGAGAGGGAUGAAUUCUCAUACCAGGAGAUGAUUGCCAACCUGCCUCUCUGCAGCCAUCCCAGCCCACGAAAGGUGCUAAUCAUCGGUGGUGGGGAUGGGGGCGUCCUUCGGGAAGUGGUGAAGCACCCGUCCGUGGAGUCUGUGAUCCAGUGUGAGAUUGAUGAGGAUGUGAUCCAGGUCUCUAAGAAAUACUUGCCGGGCAUGGCUGUGGGCUACUCCAGCCCGAAGCUGACCUUGCACGUUAGAGAUGGAUUUGAAUUCAUGCAGCAGAACCAGGAUGCCUUUGACGUCAUCAUCACCGACUCCUCGGACCCCAUGGGUCCCGCUGAGAGUUUGUUCAAAGAGUCCUAUUACCAGCUGAUGAAGACGGCGCUGAAAGAUGACGGGAUCCUCUGCUGUCAGGGUGAGUGCCAAUGGUUGCAUCUGGACCUCAUCAAGGAGAUGCGUCACUUCUGCAAGUCUCUGUUCCCUGUGGUGGAGUAUGCCUACUGCACCAUCCCCACCUACCCCAGCGGCCAGAUUGGCUUCAUGCUCUGUAGCAAGACCCCGAGCACUAACUUCCGAGAACCAGUGCAGCAGCUGACCCAGGAGCAAGUAGAGAAAAUGAACCUCAAAUACUACAACUCAGACAUCCACCGCGCGGCCUUCGUGCUGCCCGAGUUUGCCCGCAAGGCCCUGAGCGAUGUGUGAGGAGACCAGUGUGCCCACCUCGGCCUCUCCCAGGGACUUCAAGCCACAAGCGCCCAUUCCAGGAUGCCCCUCUUCCUGCUCUGAGGGCAGCGACUGGCAC